GUUGGAAGAAGACGUCAUUUCCUGCGCGCCUUGUUGCCAUUGAGAGAGAGGGCCAAGAUGGCGUCGGCGGGGAGCCGUUGGCUGUGGCGCUGCUGCGCCUUUUUCGGGCGGAACUUUCCACUCUUCUCCAGUGUGAGGACACAAUGUGUGCCUGGAUUGAGGGCACCGUGGAAGAAAAUGGCCACUCUGGGCUUUGGAAUGACCUUGGCCGCUAUUCCGAUUGCACAGAAACACGAUCCAGGUUCUCUAAGCAAUGAAGCCUUGAUCCGAAGAGCAGUCUCUUUAGUCACCGACAGCACCGGGACGCUCCUUUCUCAAACCACUUACGCAUUAAUUGAUGCUCUAACAGAAUAUACAACGGCAGUUUACACACUGGUGUCCCUGUACCAAAAAUACACGCAUCUACUGGGGAAAAUGAAUUCCAAAGAAGAGGAUGCGGUUUGGCAAGUAAUCAUCGGGGCCCGAGUGGAGAUGACGUCAAAGCAGCAGGAAUAUCUCAACUUGGAAUCCAGGUGGAUGUCCGCACUGCGGCUUUCAGAGAUGGCUGCAGAAGCAGCAUAUCAGUCAGGGGCUGACCAAGCCUCGGUGUCAACCCACAACCACAUCCAGCUAGUGAAAAACCAAGUCCAAGAAGCACGGCAGCUGUCCCAGAAGGCCGAAACCAAGCUGGCUGAGGCUCAAACGGAGGAGCUCCUGAAGUUGAAGGAAGAGGAACCUUUGCUAGCGACCUCCCAGCAGGCCGUCAGUGAAGAAACAGAGGAAGCUUACCUUCGUGAAGAUUGAGGGCUGCUAGCGUGGACACGAUCCUGCUUGGCAGGAAGGAACGCCACGGAGAAGGGGGAAUGGAUGCCGCUCUCCGGCUCCCCCAGCCUGGUUGGCCCUCAGCUUUGAGCUUUGGGUGUUCUGUUGCCUGUCUGUUUAAGUUCACAGCUAUGCAAAUGCGAAAUGAUCUACCAAGGGAUGAUUUUUCUGGUGCUUUUGAGGGCUGAUUUGAGACGAUCCAUCCGCCACCAGAAACUAUAGAGAUAAUUGCGCGUUGUAAUCACUAAGGGCUGUGUCUUGUGUUGCCUUUUUUUUUUUAUAAAGAAAAAAGCGAAAAGCACUGGUGGUGUGAAGGACAAAUGUUCUACUUGAAAUUUCAAAGAUUAGUUGUGGGAAAUUUUAACCGUUUGGCGCCUAAAUGUCAUUUUUUUUGUGUGUGUUGUUGUUUUUCUAGUGAUGUACUCGGGAUCAUUCUCCCCGAACCAAUUUUUAAAAUAAAAACCCAAGGAACAGAA